GUUUCCACUCUCUGUCUCUCCUUCUCUGACUCCCAACCCAGCCAUGUCUCCACCCCCACGCCUCCCAUUCUCUCUCUAAUCUCUCGACCGAAUCCCGAAGCCAUGAGGCCGAGACCUCGGAUCCAAUUCUUGGCCUCACUCUUCCUCCUCUUCUCCACCGUCCGUUCCUCAUCCAGCGACCAGGGAAGCCGCAGAGUCCUCCACGAGCCCCUCUUCCCCAUCCAGUGGACCCCUCCCCCUCCCCCUCCCGAAUUCUCCGACCCUCCCCCUGCCCCCUCCGGCCCCUUCUUCCCCGACUCCCCCGUCGCCGGCCAAACCCCGACUGCCGCCAAUGUCUCCACCCCAUCCCCGCCCUCCGUCGCCCACUCCACCGCCACCAAAAACAUCGCCAUCGUCAUCUCCGCCUCCAUCGCCGCGUUGGCGAUCCUCUUCUGCUCCGGCUUCCUCCUCUACCGCCGCCGAAUCAGACGCCCGCGGGAUUCCUUCAAGCUAAUGGCCGGCGAAGAUGGCAGUGCCCGCCGGCUCAGAAACCCGGGCCAUCCAGCCGCCCCCGCCGCUGCGUCGGAGUUUUUGUACCUCGGGACGAUGGAGCCGGCGAGCCGGCGGGUGAGUGGCGAGCUGAAUGGCUCGCCGUAUCGGAAGCUGAGCUCGGAGCGGGUGGUGGAGGUGCACCACCCGAGCCCCGAGCUGCAGCCGCUGCCGCCGCUCGCCGGGCCGCCACCGCUGCCGCCGCCGCAGUCGCGGCGGGGGAUGGUUCCUCCGCCGGUGGGGUCCUCCGACGAUGAGACGUUCUACACGCCGCACCGGUCGGUGGCGUCGAUGACUAGUGGGAGUCCGAGUUCUCCGGUGUCGCGGCGGAGCCUCCCAAGCGUCGGCAGCGGCGGGAAAGAGGUGAUGGUGGUGACGGUGGACUCUGCUCCUCCCCGGUCCUGGAGAACUUCGCCAAGAAGGAAGCUUUCUGGUGGUUCGGCAUCCGAAGUCAAACAAAUGAUACCACCAAUUACACGACCACCACCGCCACCGACGCCACCUCCUCCUCCUCCCCAACCGCCACCGCCGCCGCCGCCGCCUCCUCCUCCGAAAACAGAAAAGAUUGCCCCUCAGCCACCACCACGGCCGCCUCCACAAGCUGUGGGGAGAAACAAACCGUCUUCAGAGGCUCCUGCUGCGCCACAGCCAGCUGAACUAUCUCAGAGGCGUCGGUUGUUGAAGCCUCUUCCACCCGAAGGUGCUCGGAUUAACAUACCGGUUCCUGUUUCCAAAUUUAGCAAUGGAGAUGGCUGCUCUUCGUCACAGCCAGUUGAUCGAACCGGGGACGAUAUGGAGGGUGACACGAAGCCAAGGUUGAAGCCUCUGCAUUGGGACAGAGUUAGGGCGAGUUCGGAUCGGCCCAUGGUCUGGGACCAAUUGAAAUCAAGCACAUUCCAAUUGAAUGAGGAUAUGAUUGAGACCCUCUUCGUAAAUACUGCUACUACUCCGACCCCCAAAGACAAUAACAGAAGACCAGUUCUUCCGCUCUUCAAGCAGGAGAACAGAGUGUUAGACCCAAAGAAGUCGCAGAACAUAGCAAUACUUCUGAGGGCAUUGAAUGUGACACGGGAGGAGGUAUCUGAAGCGCUUUUAGAUGGUAAUCCUGAAUGCUUAGGUGCUGAGCUUUUGGAGACUUUGGUCAAGAUGGCUCCCACAAAGGAGGAAGAACUAAAACUCCGAGACUACAAUGGUGACAUAUCAAAACUUGGUUCAGCAGAGCGCUUUCUAAAGGCGGUGCUAGAUAUACCUUUUGCCUUCAAAAGAGUUGAUGCAAUGCUAUACAGGGCCAAUUUUGAGACAGAAGUCCAUUACCUGAGGAAAUCUUUUGAAACUCUGGAGGCAGCCUGUGAAGAUCUAAAAAGCAGUAGGCUAUUCUUAAAGCUCCUGGAAGCUGUAUUGAGGACCGGAAACCGGAUGAAUGUGGGAACCAACCGAGGUGAUGCAACAGCCUUUAAGCUUGAUACUCUUCUAAAGCUUGCAGAUGUGAAAGGGACAGAUGGGAAGACAACACUACUCCAUUUUGUUGUCCAAGAGAUCAUCCGGUCAGAAGGAUCAGGUUCAGAACCAGCAGUGGAAAAUCCUCCUAACAAUGCCAGGGAGGAGCAAUUCAAGAAACAAGGCUUGAAAGUGGUUGCUGGGCUGAGCAAUGAGCUUGGGAAUGUUAAGAAGGCAGCGGGGAUGGACUCGGAUGUGCUGAGCAGUUACGUCUCGAAGCUAGAGAAGGGGCUUGAGAAGAUAAGGUCAGUCUUGCAGCUCGAGAGGUCAUGCACCCAAGGUAAGAAGUUUUUUGAGACAAUGAAGGUGUUUCUUAAGGAAGCAGAAGAGGAGAUGGAACGGGUUAAGGCUGAGGAGAAGCGGGCGUUAGGCCUGGUAAAAGAGAUUACUGAGUACUUCCAUGGGGAUGCAGCAAAGGAGGAAGCCCACCCUCUUAGGAUAUUCAUGGUUGUGAGAGACUUCCUUUCAGUACUAGAUAACGUCUGCAAGGAAGUGGGUCGAAUGCAUGAGAGGACAAUGAUGGGGUCUGCCCGAUCUUUCCGCAUCUCUGCAAAUGCUUCUCUGCCGGUUCUUCAUAGGUAUGAAGCCCGGCGAGAUGAAAAUUCAGAUGAUGAUAGUUCAUCAUCAUAGAACAAAUGAGGAAUACAACUAGACCACACAAAUCAAAUUUUUGAAGAAGGUGGUUGCAUGCCUUUGAAGAAGAUGAUUUAACUGGAUGUGAGGAAAAACAAAUCAAGUUUUUGAAAUUGGCAGGUUCAUAUCUGUACAAAAGGAAAAUAAUAAGCAAUUCCACGGUAGUGGAAGGCAUACAUUUGUUCAUCACAGAUCUGAGGUAUAGCAUAAGGGGAGAGUAUCCAGGAAACAUAAAAUUUGCAUGGAGAAUAGGAAGCAUGAGCAGUCUACCAUGUAAAAGUUAUAGUUACAAUUUUUUUUUUUCCUAUUUCUUGUAAUUCUUUUCUACUUGGUGUGUCCUGAAAAGGAAACUAAGAAUGAACUGCCUGAGCUUUUUGAAUUUGAGAGCUGACAGGUGUGGUGCAGAUAGUUAUCUGUAAUACUUUGCUUCAAAAUCUUUAAUCUUGCAGUACCA